GUCAUUGAUAAACUUGUUCCAAAUUCAUCCACGAUGUUGAAAUGCAUAACACUUCUGCUUCUGCUUUCAUCCACCCAAGGGUGGUGGUUUUUCAAACCAAAGCCAAAGCAAGUUUGUUACACCCACAUAGGAUGUUUCAGCAACGCACAGCCGUUCAGUAAUGCAAGGGGAACCUUGCCCCAGUCUCCGAGUAAGAUUGAAACCACAUUCAGUCUGUACACCAGACAGAACAAAGAUACUGCCCAGACCCUGGAUCCAUAUGAUACAAACACCGUCUCCAAAACCAACUUUGAUUCCAAUCUACCGACUAUUUUUAUCACCCACGGAAACCAAGACACAGCAAAAUCUGGGUGGCCACUGGAGAUGAAGGACGCUCUUCUCGAAAAUGGAGACAUGAAUGUGAUAGCUGUUGACUGGUCAAAGGGCACCCAGGGCAGAAUUUACCGUCAGUCCGCCGCCAAUACUCGCGUGGUUGGCGCCACCAUUGGGAACAUGAUAAAGGCUUUACGAGAUAGCGCCAGCUUACCUCUGGGACAGGUCCAUCUUAUUGGUCACAGUCUCGGUGCCCACACUAUGGGGUAUGCUGGGGACUGGGUGCGGGGUAUUGGCAGAAUCACGGGAUUGGACCCAGCUGGUUUAUAUUUUGAAAAAUUUGACACCAAAGUGAGACUGGAUACUUCUGACGCAAAUUUUGUUGACGUCAUUCAUACCGAUGGAGCCUCUCUGACAGAAAUGGCUUUUGGAAUCAGGACACCGAAUGGACAUGUUGACUUCUAUCCAAACGGGGGCACAAGACAACCCGGAUGCAAGCGUUAUCUGUGGAGCAACAUUAUGAAUUUCUUUCAAGGAAAAAUGGGAAAGAUUUCAGCAAGUGUAGCAUGCAGUCAUAUGCGGGCUAUCUACUUCUUUAUUGAGUCCAUCAAUUCCUCUUGUGAAUUUAAGGCGUACCCCUGUACAGCGUAUUUGGACUUCUACCGUGGGAGUUGCAUGUCGUGUACAAAUGGCUGCAACAGAAUGGGUUACCAUGUCGAUCAGAAUGUUCACGGCAAAUUUUACCUACAAACAAACGCUGCGCCUCCCUAUUGCAAAAGGGUCUGAGUCUGGAGUUUGACUCGAUCGUCCGUUUUAUAUUUUUUCUAGUGUUUUAUGAUUUAUGGAAGGCUAUACUUGUAAACAGAAUAAAUGUAAAAACAUUU